AAAACGACAAAGAAGCGGAGAAUCGCGAAAAAGCGUUAAACAAUCAAAAUCAGAACGUAAAUGCUCAGGAGCAUAAGAGGGUAUCCCAGCAACCUAGCGGGAAUCCUGUUAAAAAUUACGUAUUAGAGCAACUUGCAAAACUGAUGACGACGUGUAUCAUUAUCAGAAUAGAAGAUUUCACGUUGUACAGGGUGUCAACGUCAUCAAAAAAGGCUCUGCCCAAGGAAUUCAUAUCAGCUCAAACGAGGAAGAAACACGGUCCAGGUGACCAAGGCAAGUUUCCUUUGCCAGAAGACGUCAACAUCAUUCACGCUGAGUUUACUUACUACUAUUAUCCUGGCGAUUUGAAUUUUCCACUGCCACCGCCAAAAUUUUACGUGCAAGUGAAGCCUAUUCAAAUAAACUUUGACGUUUGUUCCUGCCUUUGGUUUAACUCGUUCUUUCUUAAUUUGUAUCACUCGCUUUUAAAUAACAGUAACGGUAUGACACACCCUUCUUCAGACUUGAUGUACUUUGAUGUAAAAAUCGAAGCAAUAUUACCGCGAAUAAUAUUCGAGAGCUUUCGAAUUCCGUGGACCAAAAAUUGGAUGAAGUGA